AUGCACCCGCCUCGACUCUCCACACGGCUCUUCUCCACCACGGCCCGUCUCUGUGCCAGACCGCCCACAGAGCUACUCGCCCUCUCCAAGCUCGACUCGGAUGCCCACCAUGCCUUGGCCAGCGCCUGGGCCAGAGACUUUGUGGUAGAGGACAUUCCCAGGUCAGGCUACACGGAGACGAGGAGCCGAUCCAGUGGGCCAGGCGGUCAACAUGUCAAUAAGACCGAGUCCAAGGUGACAUUAAGAUGCGAGCUGGACCAAGCGGUCGGGCAGUGGCUUCCGAAAUUCGUUAUGCCAGCUCUCGUCAAAUCACCGUACUACCAUCCCAGCCCUCCUUGCAUCCUCGUCUCGUCCCAGAAGGAACGACACGCGCCCCUCAACCAUGCCCACGCCCUUAGCGAGAUAUCGAGAAUCAUCUCACAAGCAGCAAAGUCUCUGAUCAUCAAUCCUACUUCACCUCAACAGAAAGCUAGAGUGAAGGAUCUCGAGAGGCGGGAAAAGGCAAAACGCAUGGAGCUGAAGAAGAGGCACAGUAUGAAGAAGGCUAGUCGGAGGGAAUGA